AUGAGGGAGUGUUCUCACAUGAAAGUUCUCCCCAUCUACCUUCACUCACUCGGAAGGGAAAAAUGCAUCACGGAAACAAGAGUGAGAUUCUAGAUUGCAUUGUCCCCAGAAAUUUAGACAACCACAGACCUGUGACAACUGCAGCUGUGCUGGAUGGUGCUGUCCUUGUUCAGAUGCUUCGUCCUGGAAGUGCUGUGACCAUUGGACAAUAUUUCACAGAUGUGUUUGCACCAUACAUCCAUUCCUGGUUUGAAAGAAAUGACCGCGUUGACAUUGUCUGGGAUGUGUACUCGAAGACAAGUUUGAAGUCCGGAACUCGGGAGUAAAGAGGCACUGGUGCAAGAAGGAGGGCUACUCUCUCAACCAAAGUUCCUGGCAACUGGGCUUCCUUCCUACGAGUGGAUCUGAACAAGCAGGAGUUGUUCAUGGAGCUGGCCAAAAGCUUGAAGCUCAUGACACUUCCACAGGGCAAGGAGCUCUUCACCACUAUGCUUGAGGACUGUGUAAGUUCACCAGCUGGCAUUGACACUGAUGCACUGGCCCCUUGCACACAUGAGGAAGCCGAUACACAGAUUUUCCUGCAUGUGGCUGCAGCUACUGUUGCUGGACAUCAUCGAGUGAUUGUCCGCAGCAGUGAUAGUGAUGUUGUUGUACUGGCCAUUGCCACCUUUGUCGACCUUGGACAGAAGAUCGACAAACUCUGGAUUGCCUUUGGUGUAUGGCGCCACUUCAGGUACAUUCCAGCACAUGCCAUUGCUCACAGUCUUGGACCAUCCAAGGCAAUGGCACUGCCAGCAUUUCAUGCCCUAACGGGGUGUGACACUACCUCUGCAUUCUUUGGCAAAGGCAAGAAAACAGCCUGGUCCGUGUGGCAGUCCCUGCCUGAGCUCACCUUACCACUUCAGCUGCUCUCUGGCCCAACCCCCACCACUGAGAUGAUCAGAACCCACACACCCACCCUCCAGAGAUUUGUCCUGAUGCUCUAUGGUGUAUCUGAGGACAACAUCACAACUCUUCUUCCACAAAGGAAAAGACUUUGACCACAUGCCACCAAGCAGUGAUGCACUCCAUCAGCACCUCCUUCGAGUAGCUUAUCAGAGUGGACAUGUAUGGGGCAAUACACUUGUCAAAGACCAUGCAACAGUAUUGCCGUCUCUAUGGGGAUGGCAGCAGGAUUCCCCAGACUCUCCACCAACUCCUGUCUACACUACAACUGCCACUGUUUCAAAGGACUUGCCAGAACUUGUCAUUUGCAAGUGUAAGACUGACUGUAAGGCACCUUGCAAAUGCUGCAUGCAGAGGCUGCCUUGCAUGUCUCUCUGUGGAUGUCGUGGCUCAUGUUCCCACAGUGGUGCAGACAU